ACAGAGCAGAGCAGAGUGCAGCCGCAGGAAUACCAGAAGAGCAUCAUGAGUUACCUCAUGCAGAUCCUGCUCGCUCUUUUCAUCUCCGUCAUUGGUGGCCUCUAUCUUCUUGGGGCUUUUCGCCGCCGACGGCCUGGAGAACCCCCUCUGGAUAAAGGCCCUUUUCCCUGGCUUGGCCAUGUACUGGAAUUCAGGAGGGACACCGCAAAAUUCCUGCAGAGAAUGAAGAUAAAACAUGGUGAUAUUUUUACAGUGCAGCUGGGAGGCUUCUAUUUUACUUUCAUCACAGAUCCGUUUUCUUUCGGCUCAGUGGUCAAAGAGGCGAGAUCAAAGCUGGACUUUACUAAGUUUGCAGAGCAACUGGUCGCAAGAGUGUUUGGCUACCAUAAUUUGGAGGAUGAACACAAGGUUCUCCAGGCAUCAAGCACCAAGCAUCUUAUGGGAGAUGGUCUGGUGGUCAUGACUCAAGCCAUGAUGAAAAAUCUCCAGAAUCUGAUGCUCCACAGUGUUGGAUCUGGAGAUGACAAGGGAUGGAUAGAAGCUGGACUUUUUUCUUACAGCUACAACAUUGUCUUUCGUGCCGGCUACCUGGCGCUCUUUGGGAACGAGUCACCCAAAGAUGCGGGAAAUUUAGAAAAAGCAACAGAAAUUGAUCGGCAACACUCGGAUGAACUGUUCUUGGAGUUUAGAAAAUAUGACCAGAUCUUUCCCAAUCUGGCUUAUGGUGUCCUGGGACCAAGCGAGAAGAUGGAGGCAGAGCGUUUGAAGAGGCUGUUUUGGAAAAUGCUUUCAGUGCAAAAGAUGCGCUGCAGGGAUAACAUCAGUGGAUGGGUGCAGGACCAGCAGCAGCACAGGGCUGAGAAAGGCAUGGAAGAGUUUAUGCAGGAUCGAUUCAUGUUUCUGCUUCUGUGGGCAUCUCAGGGAAACACGGGUCCAGCAGCCUUCUGGUUGCUUUUGUAUCUCAUGAAGCAUCCUGAUGCUAUGAAAGCUGUCAAGAAUGAGGUCGAGAAGAUUCUUAGAGAAACUGGGCAGGAGGUGAAACCUGGUGGGCCACUGAUUGACCUGACCAGAGACAUGCUCCUCAAAACUCCCGUACUUGACAGCGCAGUAGACGAAACCCUCCGUCUAACAGCUGCCCCCGUCCUCACAAGAGCCGUUCUACAGGAGAUGACCAUCAGCAUGGCCAACGGACAGCAAUACAGCAUCCGCGAGGGCGACCGAGUGGCCAUUUUCCCUUACACAGCUCUUCACAUUGACCCAGCGGUUCAUCCAGAUCCACACACCUUCAGGUAUGACCGUUUUCUCACUCCAGAUGGAACCAAAAAAACAGAUUUUUACAAGGACGGAAAGAAACUCAAGUACUACACCAUGCCCUGGGGAGCAGGAUCCACCAUGUGUCCUGGAAGAUUCUUCGCCACUAAUGAGCUCAAGCAGUUUGUUUUUCUAAUGUUGUCAUACUUCGACUUUGAGCUGAAGAAUCCACAUGAGGAGAUUCCAAGUAUCGAUACCAGAAGAUGGGGCUUCGGCUCCAUGCAACCAACUAAAGAUGUCCAGUUUAGAUACAGACUUAGAUUUUAAGAUUUUCAUUAUAUAAACUCAUUCCCAUACAUCUAAACAAUAUUCAUUUGUAAUUCAUGAGAGCUUUAACACUUUACAUGUUUUAAGAGCUUUUUAAAGGCUUUAAAACAGAAAAUGCUUGUAUAUUCAGUGCAUUUGAACUUUGAGUUCGCUGGAAGAGGUUAUCGAAGUUGCUGGAAGAUGUUAUUGUGUAACAAUGUUCUAUUUUACUAUGAAGUUGUUUUCACAAUAUCUCACAAAGAAAAGACGUGAAAGUAAGAAAAGGUGUUUGAAAACAACAUUAUUGGAACAUUAAACUUCUUACUGUGUAUGAUCAUAUUGUUUAAAGAUAUCUUAGCCUAUGCCUAUUGUGCUGUUGCCUAUGUGCUAUUUAAGAGAAGCAAGAAUUUCAUGCAUAAAAUAAAGAUAAUGAAAUUA